AUGGAGAAAUUUGACAAAGCCAAUUAUUUUUACUUUAUACCACCAGAAGCAGAAGGCAAGACUUACCUUUUUUGUUCCUGGAACGCUCAAGUUAAUCAAAAAGAGUCUCAGAGUUCAGUGGAAUAUAUGGAUAUACCAGAACUAGAAAGCUCUCCGAUUAGAACUGAAUGGCUAGAAUCUAACAACAAAUCAGAACUUCUAAAUAAAUAUUAUAAAAACUAUGUCCAACCCUUUAAAGAAAAGGGCACCGAAAAGGAAUUUUGUGCUUCUAUUGAAGAUCCUGUACGGAAACAAAGAAUAUAUCCAGGUUAUCAAUUCAGAAGUGUGAUUGCAAAUCAACGAACAUGGAACGUAAAAUAUCCUCGCGAAAGGUUUCCUCUUGACCAUAAAAUAUACGAUCAAUUUUUAGAUUCAUUUAGUAUAGGGUCAAUCACUGAUUUUAAGCCAGAAGAUUACGGAUUGGUAUCAACGGAUGUGAGUACUACAAAGUCUACAGUUUCAGAAACUACAGAUCAUCAGUUGAUAAAUGGUAGUGAAAGGUCACACGAGAAGAAAAAGAAGAAAAAACACAAGCAUGAUUCAGAACAUAAAGAAAAGAAACAGAAACAUAAACGAGAAAAAGAACAUAAAAAAGAUAAAGAUGGAGAACAUAAAAAGAAGAAAAGAAAAAAGGUUU